GUAUUCUCGAUACGCGUCAUUGCUGAUGAAACGACUCGGUGGUACGAGGUUCUAUAAAAAGCCAAUUGGCUUGUAUGUAGACACAACACUAUUCUUAUUGAGAUUAGCUCUCAAGCAUUAGUUUCGGAGAAGAACACGAUCAAUGGCUACUGUAGGCGUGCAAGGAGUUCGUCCACCAUCGUUAACUUCCACCUCCGACCCACCACCUCUUUUUGAUGGAACCACCAGGUUGUACAUCAAUUAUAGUUGCCCCUAUGCACAGCGUGCAUGGAUCGCUAGGGAUUACAAGGGGCUACAAGACAAGAUCAAAUUGGUUCCUAUCGACCUUCAAAACAGGCCUGCUUGGUAUAAGGAGAAAGUCUACCCUGAAAAUAAGGUGCCAUCCUUGGAGCACAAUGGCAAGGUAUAUGGAGAAAGUCUUGAUUUGAUCAAAUAUAUAGAUGCCAACUUCGAAGGGACAUCUCUGGUUCCCAGUGAUCCUGCCAAGAAAGAGUUCGGUGAGCAAUUGAUAUCCCAUGUUGAUACAUUCACCAGAGACCUGUACACUUCAUUGAAAGGGGAUCCUGUAAAAGAAGCCAGUCCUUCUUUUGAAUACUUGGAGAAUGCUCUUGGUAAAUUUGAUGAUGGCCCAUUCUUUCUUGGUCAAUUCAGUUUGGUGGAUAUUGCCUAUAUUCCAUUUGUUGAAAGAUUCCAAAUUGUCUUUGCUGAGGUUUUCAAGCAUGACAUCACUGAAGGAAGGCCUAAACUUGCAGCAUGGCUCGAGGAGUUGAACAAGAUUGAUGCUUAUAAACAGACAAGAGUCGAUCCUCAGGAAGUAGUUGAUCUUUUCAAGAAACGUUUUCUGCCUCAACAGUAAACGUUGGAUUACACGGGGCUUCUUCUAAGAUGUAAAGUGUGGCCAAUAAAGCGUCAUUUCUAUUAAUGGGAUGCUUCUUCUGUCAAAUGUUGGUGUCUCUACCUACUAGAGUUGCAGGAUAGGUUAAUGUCGCAAUGAUGUUCAUUUUCCAGCUUGUUUGUUUGAUGUCAUAAUAAUGUUUAUGUACCAGCUUGUGAUCACUGAUCAGUGUGGUAUUAUGCUACUUUGACGUAUAUUGAUGUUUAUGUAUUAAACUUUAGUAUUUCUAGUA